CAUGACCUUCAGGGCCCCAGGGGAGAGGAUUAAAAGUGGCCUCUUCCACUCGUGGAGCUUGGAAACGACAAGCAAUCCACUUACUGCAGGGUCUCCUCACUGACAGAUUGUUAGGUCAUUAUUUUCCGAGAAGAUGCCACAGUGGGGUGGUGGAGCCAAAUGUGCUGCCUGUGAAAAGACAGUCUACCAUGCUGAGGAGAUACAAUGCAACAGCAGAAGUUUCCAUAAAACCUGCUUUAUCUGCAUGAUCUGUAGAAAAGCCCUGGACAGCACUACAGUGGCUGCACAUGAAGCUGAGAUCUACUGCAAGGCUUGCUAUGGCAAGAAAUAUGGGCCAAAAGGCUAUGGCUAUGGUCAAGGUGCUGGCACCCUUAGCUCUGAGACCCUGGAAACUCCUGGUGCGCAUCAGGUGGAGGCUAAGCCUCAUCCAUCUGCAAACCCCAGCUCCUCCAAAUUUGCUCACAAAUUUGGUGGUGCCGAAAAGUGCCCACGAUGCAGUCAAUCUGUGUAUGCAGCCGAGAAGGUGAUUGGAGGAGGAAAGGCAUGGCACAAAACCUGCUUCCGCUGUGCGCUGUGUGGUAAGAGUUUGGAGUCUACCACAGUUACUGACAAAGAUGGAGAAAUUUACUGCAAAGCUUGUUACGCGAGGAACUUUGGUCCAAAAGGUGUAGGACAUGGGCAGUCUGGUGGAGCCUUACCAAGCACAGACUGAAAAAUAACCUUCUGGCACCAUCAAAAAUACAUUUCAGGCUCCAACCUUUCCCCUGGCAGCCCAGUAAUCAUGUCGAUCUAAUCCAAUCCUCUUUCCAGGGAAACUGGGAAAACAUUUGUAAUAAGAUAUAACCAUACAUGACCAUCUUCAUUCUUAAAAAGUCAGUUCUUUUUACAAUAAAGCAUUUGAGAUACAGACCACCCAAAGUAGAGGAAAUGCUAUAUAUGGUCAAUAGAGGACAAGGUCCAAUAUAUUUACAGGUCUACCAUAAAGCAAUCAUUUAUUGUUUUAUUGCUUAUUCCAAUAUUGAAUAGAAUUAAGAACAAAUGAUAAAACGCUUAAUCAAGUUCAUCUUGCUGUUAUAAAUUUAUGAAAGUACCUAUUAAUCAAUGCUUAGUAAUUCUAAAUAAAGGAUUGUUUGCACCUAAAGAA